GUGUAUUGAAAACACCGAAAUGAGAACAUAAGCAUCACGUCUGGAUAGUGUACGACCGAAGCUAGUAUUUCAGCCGAAACCGAAAUUUUGUUCGUGCUUUAGUUUCGGCCGAAACCGAAACAGCCAACCGAGGAGUAUGAUAUGGGAUGUUGGGAGAUCUUCUCAGAGAUGAAAACUACAGACUUCUCGGCUUCACAAAACAUAUGCAACCAACAAUGCGUGUAGAUGAGUCAUUCCUCCAUAGAUGGAUGCUCACAACGAUCCUAGUGAGCAAACGUGGAAUGACUGUUUGCAAACUAAAAACUAGCUAGUCUGCAC